AUGGCCACUAAAUAACGUAUGGAUAUCUAUCCUGAGACACACACUCUCUCUCUCUCCACGGCAGCAUUCACUCUCGCUCGGUCGUCUCUCUCGCCGUCGGCGUCGCUCCCUCCCUCCCUCUCUCUGUUGUGGGUUUUCUCGGAACCCCUUCCACAACAGCAUUUGUAGUUUUGUUGCCUUCCUAUGGGCAAUCUAUUAUGUCUCAAGGGAGGUCUGUUCGUGUUCUCGCCGAUAAUGCUGGCUUUGAGUGGGUUCUCAUGUGAAAAAUGCUAUUCUCUCGAUGCAUUCUAAGUUUGGAGGCUUGAAAUCAGCAGAAUACUUAUUUAGAGAUUCGAAAAAGAAAAACACCGUGUCCUGGAAUGCAGUGAUUGGUGCAUAUGGCCAAAAUGGCCUCAAAGAAGAUGCAAUGCAUGCUUUCAUGUAACUGCUCGAGGUCAAUGUAGAAAUUGGUGCUGUAACUAUCACCAGCCUUGUUUCUGCUCGUGUUUGUUAUGAAUCCACAUGCAAAUAAGGUGUAGUCAGCCUGACAGCGAUCUUUUCAAGCUAUGCUGUGAAAACGGAAUAUGGAUAUCGUGGUAGUGUAUCUUUCUAGGAUGCAAUGGUUGAGUGUGAAACUAGACGUGGUAGCUAUGGCCGGAAUUCUCCACGGGUUUUCCAACUGUGGUAACAUCGACUUCGAGAUUUCUUAACAUGCUUAUGCCAUCAAAAGCGGCUUAUGCACUGAUUCGCUGGUUAUGAAUGAGCUGAUAACUAUGUAUUCUAACUCUGAUAGUGUGGAUGCUAUGCUGAUUUUGUUUGAGGAGAUAAAAUAGUAGCCUCUUAUUGGCUAGAAUGCAUUGGUAUCUGGGUGCAUACAGGCUGGAAGGGUAAAGACAGCCUUCGAAGUCUUUCGUCAAAUGAAGUUAAAGUGUGGACCGAUGCCAGAUUCCAUUACAUUAGCGAGUUUGCUGUCUGGGUGUUCCCAGCUCGGUUACAUGUAUUUUGGAAAGAAACUUCACAGUUAGCUUACGAGCAAUUAAAGAAAUGGAGGAUCGUUUUUUUUUUUUGCACUGCUCUUUUAGACAUGUAUGGCAAAUGUGGAAAUGGUGAACUCUCAGAAAUUGUGGUUCAACUCCAUGCACUCAUGGUUGGUUUAUUGGGUCAAGCGGGUUUGUUUCCAGAAGCACUGGUUGUAUUGUAAUUGCAAAAAUGAAGCUAAGGCCAUACUUGCAGUAUGUGGAGCUCUGCUAAAUGCUUGCUCUGUGAAAAGAGAGAUCGAGCUUGGGAAGUAUGUAGCAAAGAAAAUGUAUAUGUUGGAUUUUAGAAAUGGAGGGCUUUUUGUGUUGAUGUCAAAUCUGUAUGCAGCAGAAGGAAUGGAGAAAAUGUAGCCAAAGUUAGGAGGAUGAUGAAAGUUACAGUAGGGGGGUGGUUAUUCGGGUGUUAGUCAAAUAAAGAAACGGCAAUGUGGGAGGAGUACCUUAUCUUAUUUAAUGAAAUUGUUGUUUCCUGUUACAUUGCUUAAGAUUACGCAUCCGUGGAGAGAGGAUUGCGUGGAAAUUCGAUUAGAUCGUCUGGAUUAUCGGCCUGGGGUGACUAAAAGCGUGGCUGAUGAGAACCACGGGGAGCUAUCUGAUGAAGAUGACGAUCUUUGCCCCGUUGAAUGUGUUCGUGAGUUCAAGACAGACGAAGAGUUUCAGAGAAUCCUUGAAAAAGCCAAAGAAGCCAGUUCUUUAGUCGUGGUUGAUUUCUAUCGCACUUCCUGUGGGAGCUGUAAAUAUAUAGAGCAAGGUUUCUCAAAACUCUGCAAGGGAUCCGGUGACCAAGAAGCGCCAGUUAUCUUCCUUAAGCAUAAUGUAAUCGAUGAAUACGAUGAGCAAUCGGAAGUUGCUGAAAGGCUCCGAAUCAAGGUAACGUCCUGUGGUACAAAGCUACGAGCCUUUCUUCACGAAUCAAGUGGUAUGUCGGUCGCUUGGAGUUUCAAUUGGAUUCACAACCGUUGCUUCGAUAUCUCUUCUGGGAUUCAACUUUACGUAUUCCACUCUCAUAUUGAGAAAUGCAUCAGGGAGCAAAUUAUUUUAGUUCCCAUCUUCUGGUAUCUGUCCCGUCUUUAGUAUUAGAAUAACGAAUGGUGAAGUUUGAUGAAUGCAGGCCGUUCCCCUGUUCCACUUCUACAGAAACGGAGUAUUGUUGGAAGCAUUUGCAACCAGAGAAAAGGAAAGGAUUGACACUGCCAUUUUCAAAU